CCAACACUCGGCUGAGGAGAAGAGAAACCUGAAGAAGUUGAGGAGCUCGGAUUGUCUGUAUCAACCAGAAAGACAACUGUCUCCACCAGAGGAAGCAACCUCUCACCAUGCAGCACUACGGGGUGAACGGCUACUCUCUGCACGCCAUGAACUCCCUCAGCGCCAUGUACAACCUGCACCAGCAGGCCGCGCAACAGGCGCAGCACGCGCCCGACUACCGUCCGUCCGUGCACGCGCUCACACUGGCCGAGAGACUAGCUGACAUCAUCCUGGAGGCUCGCUACGGCUCUCAGCACCGCAAACAGCGUCGGAGCCGCACGGCCUUCACCGCACAGCAACUGGAAGCGCUGGAGAAGACUUUCCAGAAGACACACUAUCCGGAUGUGGUGAUGAGGGAGCGGCUGGCCAUGUGCACCAACCUGCCCGAGGCUCGUGUGCAGGUUUGGUUCAAAAACCGCAGAGCCAAGUUCCGUAAGAAGCAGCGCAGCCUCCAGAAAGAGCAGCUUCAGAAGCAGAAGGAGGCUUCAGGGGAAGGAGGAAGCGAGAAGGAGGAUGCGCCUCCCUCCACAACUAUCCUUACUGACACGCAGCUCCCUCCUUCGUCCUCCUCCUCCUCCUCCUCUUCUCUGGAGACAGAGGGUCCUGUAGUCCGUCCUGUACCGUUGGACAUGGAACUGAACGUCACGUCAGCAGAACACUCUGGCAGCGAGUCUGCGACGGAGGAUAAUGCCACAGAUAAAGAGGACGAGAGUAAAUCUCAGAGAGAGGAGAUGAAGUGUGAGAGAGCAGUGACACCUGGGGACGUCUCUCCAGUUUGCAAAAGACUCAGCCCUAAACCAGACUCUCCCCUGGUCUCUCCGUCAGUGACCCCCUCCACCUCCAGCAGUGGCCUGGCCAGCAGCGGUCCUCUCUCUCAGGGCCACUCUUACUCUUCCUCCCCUCUCAGCCUGUUUCGUCUGCAGGAGCAAUUCCGCCAGCACAUGGCUGCCACCAACAAUCUGGUGCACUACCCUGCUUUUGACCUCGCUGCCCCAUCAUCACUCCCCUACCUGGGAAUGAAUGUUAACAUUCCCCCCGCGCCGCUGGGCUCUCUGCCCUGCCAGUCUUACUACCAGUCCCUGUCCCAUCACGCCCAGCAGGUGUGGAACAGCCCGCUGCUGCAAGCGUCGGCUGCAGGUGGCCUCACCAGCCACAACAACAAGACCACCAGCAUUGAGAACCUGCGUCUGAGGGCCAAGCAGCACGCUGCUUCGCUGGGACUGGACACAAUGUCUAACUGAGAAUCAGAUUGUAUGGCGGACAGUGUGAACUAGGCCAGGGCCUCGGCCUACACAUCACCCCAUCCUACUGUGUGUCUGUGUGACUGUGAUAGUUCUUUAGGAACCGUAUACUGACCCCAUCUCGACUAGAUGGGCACAGGACAUGCAGAGAUGUCCAAAAAUAAAACAUGCCAACAUGCA